AUGUCGAGAAGAUACGAUUCCAGGACGACUAUCUUCUCUCCAGAAGGACGUCUUUAUCAAGUCGAAUAUGCGCUCGAGGCCAUUUCCCACGCUGGAACCGCUCUAGGUAUAUUGGCAAAAGAUGGUAUUGUGUUGGCAGCAGAGCGAAAGGUUACCAGCAAGCUUCUGGAGCAGGAUACGUCGGCAGAGAAGCUCUAUAUCUUGAACGAUAACAUGAUCUGCGCCGUUGCAGGAAUGACUGCCGAUGCCAACAUCCUCAUCAACUACGCCCGACAGGCCGCCCAACAGUACCUCCUUACCUACAACGAAGAUAUCCCUUGCGAGCAGCUCGUCCGCCGAUUAUGCGAUCUCAAGCAGGGCUACACUCAGCAUGGUGGCCUAAGACCUUUCGGUGUCUCUUUCAUCUAUGCCGGUUACGAUCCACAAAGACAAUUCCAACUCUACCAGAGUAACCCUAGUGGUAAUUAUGGUGGAUGGAAGGCUACCAGCGUGGGCGCGAACAAUGCCAGUGCGCAGAGUCUGCUGAAGCAAGAUUACAAGGAGGAUUGCGACUUGAAGGAAGCAUGUGGAAUGGCGGUCAAGGUUCUCAGCAAGACCAUGGAUUCGACCAAGUUGAGCAGCGAGAAGAUUGAGUUCGCCACGGUUGGAAAGACGAAGGACGGAAGAAUCUACCAUCACUUGUGGGGUGCGGAUGAGAUCAUGACAUUACUGAAGGAGCACGACUUGGCGAAGGAUGAGAGCGGAACUGAUGGAGGGGAUCGGGUGGUCACAUAG